CAGCUAUACUCACAGUUCUACCCUCAGUGGAUUUGGAUGGAGCGGAACUUGAGCGGAACAUACUGAGGACCAGAGGUCAUGUAUGAAGAUGAAGACAGCAGCAACAACAGAGAGCUAUGUAGCUCACAGAAAAGAAUGUCCAGGAGCAGCAGCUGGCUGCGCACAAACAGCAGUUCCCUCCAUCCCCAUAGUGCACCCAGUCCCCUGCUCUCAGCCCCUGGUUACAUAAAAUGGUCAUUUUUUUUCUUAACGGAGAGGAAGAGGAACAUGAUAUAAGUAAAUGAACUGUCCGUCACAGUGCCCUGUAUUUAUAAAUCUACUCCUUCAUACAGUACUGCAGUCCAACACAGCUUCUUAUUAUCCUGUGUAGCAAAGUAACAAUUGCUGCAGUGUACUGGAUACGUCGAGAGAAAACAAGAGAAGCAAGUUUUUGCCCAGCACUGGUCCCCUGCUCUAAUUGCAGAAGCCAACGCCCCUGUGCUUGUUAUUAAGGGAAACCUGCUGUUGUCGGUCCAUCUCUUCUUCUCUCAUCCACAAGUAAUCAUGGAAACAUCUCUUCUCCUAGUCACAGUCAUCCUCUCCGCACUGGUCGCUACAAGUUAUUCUAUAUCCUGCGUAAAAUGCAUCGGGUUGAGUGGCUUGCAGUGUUCAGGACCUGUAGAGAGGUGUCCAUCUGCGGAUGAUGCCUGCAUUUCCAUGUAUACAGUAAUCAUGAUUGAUGGAGUGGGUGAAAGUAAAACGUUUCUUAGAGAUUGUGGAAACCGCAGUUCUUGCCCAAGCGCUAUGAGUCUGAGCAAUACUAUUGUCAAAAGCAGGACCGGCAUUACCUGCUGUUUCUCAGACAGCUGUACCCCUUCCCAGCCUACCACACCACCGGAAUACUAUAAUAAAAAUGGUGUCAGAUGCAAGACAUGCUAUGAUCUGUCAGACAAACCCUGUCAAACUGAUGAGUUCAUGGAUUGCCUUGGAGAAGAGAAAAAGUGCAUCUCUCAGGUGUCAUCUGUAAAAGUGGGAUCAUCCGGUCAAGUGUCAGAGGGUAUGCGCGGCUGCGCCACACAAGACAUGUGCAACAUUCGACUAAUAGAUAAAACCUUUGGAGAGGUCACCAUGAAUUCGCACAUCACCUGCACGGACGGAACGGCUGGGCUCCACUAUAAUUGGCUUUUGCUCCUUAUUUCAGCUAGUCUCCUUUUAAAGUUCAUAUGAUAAAGUCAAAGUAUUGAUCAAUUA